AUGAAAGUGCAGAUAAUGUCUCCCGCUGCCGACCGGGUGGACUUCAAGGUGCCGCCCGCUCCCAGGCUUACGACCUUUGAGGGCAAGACCAUCGGUCUGUACAACAACAUGACCGGCGGGGCCGACGUUGCCGUUGACCGCUUCGCCGAGCAGUUGCAGCAACGGUAUCCCAGCGUCAAGUUCCAGCGCUACGGCGGAGACCUGCGCGAAGGCCGUCCGGUACUUAGCCGAGGCGUUCACAUUGAUGACGAGGAGGCCGCCCGCAUUGCCACAGAGGUUGACGCCAUGGUGGGCGCGACGGCGCAUUGA